UAAUUGCAUUCACAAAGUUUCACAUCUUCAACAAAAACCAUCGAAUUUUUUGACUGUUUAUUCAAUUAUUAGAGGAUUGAAACUAUUAUAAAAGGCCUCUCCCCAAACAAUUCUCUAUUCAUACAAUUCAUUUCAAUUUUCAAACAGCCUCCCCUUUUGAAAACUGCUCUGUUUAGUUUCUCCCAUUGCUCCGAGAAAUCAAUAUAAAGACUCACAAUUCUUUAAAUUUUGCAUUCGAAACCUGAAAUUAAAUCUCGAAAUUCAUUUUUGGUUGAUUGGAUUGAGAUAAAAAUUUCACCUUUUCCCUUUCUUCAUCUGGAAUUUAAAUGGCUGCUGCUCUGGGUUGCGCCUCUGCGUCUGGUUAUUGGGCUCAAUUAAGGGAUAAUGAUUUGUUAAGAAAAAAUUUGGGGAAUCGUAAUAAUCGAAAGGGAUUUAGGGUAUCUUGCAUCUCCUCUGCUGCUGUGUUUGAUUCUUACAAGACUUUGAGGAUUCAACCAGGUGCAUCUGAAUCCGAGGUUAAGAAGGCCUUCAGACAGCUUGCUCUUCAGUAUCACCCUGAUGUCUGCAGAGAAAACAACGGCAGAAACCAAUUCCACCAAAUUAAUGAAGCAUAUGAUAUUGUGAUGAGCAAUUUGCGAGGAGAGAUGGCGGUGGCGGAGGCGGAGAUGUAUGAAGAGGAAGAUGAGGAGAUGAGGGGAAUGAACGAUCAAGAUUGGGAUUUGUGGGAGGAAUGGAUGGGAUGGGAAGGAGCUGGAAUCAGAGAUUACUCUUCUCACAUCAAUCCCUACAUCUGAAUAUCUCAUCUUAAUUUCAAAAAAAGAUAAACCCAACAUCUUUCGCAAUAUUUACUUGUAAAGAUGUUCGAGGUUACUGUAUAUACCUCUCUUUCAUGUACACCUAAAACAAUUUCAAUCACAAUUGUAAAUUGCUUUUUCUCCAA